GUUUUAGAGUGUUAAGGUGUGUGUCGUUGGCUGCCACGGCCGUUUGGGACGUAAAUAUGAUCAAAUGUCCUCUGACUCAUCAUGUCGAUCUGCAAAUGUAUUGGCCGAGACGUUAAACCCAAGAGUCUACUGGCCGGCGUCAAACAGCUUCUUCCUGCCCUCCAUACCCGACAUGGCGUCCACGUUCUUACGCCAUCUUCAGGUUGGCUUUGAAGUCCACGGACUCCUUUACCUUGGAGCCCAGCAGUGCACCCAGCAUGGCGUCUGCAGACACCCUCACUCUCUUCAGACUUCCUCAUACAAUACCACAGUCCAGAAUCAGAAUCAUGGAGUCCCAGCGUGGAAGCAACCACCGGGUGCUGCUGUGGCUGACGGCUGAGGAUAAAAAGUCUGGACUUGCACCUUCGUCUUUUCUUGGCAUCCUAAACCAAAGACCGGACUGCGACCAGGCGGGGCUUGACAGCUGCCAAAAGAAUAACUGCUCAGUCAGACACGCGCUGGUACCCAGACAGCGUGCCCCCACCGGCCCCGAGUGGGGUUCAGAGUAUUUGGGGGUGCGUCUGGUCAACCGUCGACCUGUUCCCGUUAUGAACGUGACGUGGACCUUAAGGUCGGAUGCAAGUAUACUGACACUCCAGGGGUCGGAGUUGCGCAUCGUGGACACAAGUACAAAGCAAAGUGUGUGUGUGUACUUCACCUACAGCGUCAGCCAGCAGCUCGGGUUCGACUCCAGCAAGUGGACAUUUUCAUUGGCCGGGGUCGUGGUGGAGGCGGGACAUUCAUACAUGAUGUCGGCUUUUAACUUGCCGGAACCCGACGUCGGGGAUUACAGGAUCACCAAGCAAGUCACCGUCCCGGGAUGCAACGACAAGACGAUCCGAAGCUCCCAGAUGUGCUUGGAAAACGGUACUUUUUUUUCCUCCCGUCAGACCACUUCCGCAUUCUUCCGUGUUUGCGUUCUUUGUUCAGGUAGUCUUUGGCACCCUGAGGUGACUCCCGUGUUGUUGGUUGGGAAACGUCACCUUUUGUCUGUUGUGGUGGGAUUUCGGGCCGACGUGUACUCUGACCUGUACCAAGUCUCCAUCGAGAACCGGGGCGUCCAUUUAUCCCAGAACGUUCCCAGGGUAGGUCAUCCGUGUGUCAAACCCUAAAUGUUUUGAUAUUUUGGAAAGCAACGCAUGCGCAGCAGAUAUGCUAACAACUUCUAUAUUUAUGAUAUAUUUCAUGUCAUAUAGCUGAAAAAAGACCAUAAUAUCAACUUCUUUCUUUUCCCGUUUUAUUUCCAUAAUAUUAUAACAGCUUCUCAAACUUUUUGGCCCCCCAAAAAGAAAAAAAGCAGCUUCAUUUUGUUUACUUCUCAUAAUUCCAUGGCUUUUUUUGAAUAUUUCAACUUUGCCAGACC